AUGUUCUGCAAGGAUUUUGAUAUUGAAAAGGAUGACUUGAUCCAACUUUGGAUGGCUCAAGGAUUGCUUCACCCUUGUUCUGACAAAAACUUAGAGAUGGAGGAGAGAGGUAAUGAAUAUUUUAAAAUCCUAUUGGCGAAGUCUUUUUUUCAAGACGUUACAAAGGAUUACAAAGGUACUGUUACCAAAUGUAAGAUGCACGAUCUUGUGCAUGAUCUUGCAGAACGUGCAUCAAAAUCAGAGAACUCACGCUCACUUUUUUCAAAUGGAGAAGACCUUGGGAUCAGCAACUUACUUAAGUUAAAUUCCUUACGUGUCUUAAACUUAUACAAGGCAAAUAUUGAGGUGUUGCCGGAUUCUAUUGGAAGGUUGAAACACUUGAGGUAUUUGAAUGUAUUGAAAACAAGAAUGAAAUCACUUCCCAAAUCUAUUGGGAAGCUUUAUAAUCUGCAGACACUGAAAAUACCUUAUCACCUUGAAGAGCUUCCAGGGGAAAUUGCAAAUUUGAUCAACAUGCGACACAUUUAUUUUGGUAGAUAUAUGAAAGUUUCAGGUGGGAUAUUGGGACGGUUCACUAAUCUCCGGUCAUUACCUUUUCUCAAGGUGGGUAAAGAGACAGGUCCGAGAAUUGAGGAAUUGAGUGGUUUAAACCACUUACACAACAUCUUGUCUAUUUAUGGACUGGAAAAUGUAGGAGAUGAAGAAGAAGCGCAGAAAGCAAACUUAGUAGAGAAGAAACACAUAUGCAAGUUAAUCCUUGGAUGGAAGCUCAGUGGGCCAAGCCACACUGUAGAGAAUGACGAUGAAGUACAAGAAGGCCCAAGCCACAAUGUGGAGAAUGACGAUGAUGUACUAGAAGGCCUCCAACCACAUCCUAAUUUGGAAUUUUUGGAGAUUCAUGAAUUCAGGGGUACUAAAUUUCCAUCAUGGUUAUUGCUAGCGAACAAUUUGAAAGAGAUUGAAUUAUUGGGCUGCAACAAAUGUGAAGGAGUCCCAGUACUUGGGCAUUUACCCAGUCUUAGUUAUGUUAAGAUUAAGAGAGUGGAGAAGCUAACUCGUAUAGGAUCCGAGUUUUAUGGUGAUAAUCAUGUUAAUUGUGGAAAUGGAUCAAGUAAGGAGGCACGGCCUUUGUUCCCUGCUUUGAAAACAUUGCACAUUGAGGAGGCACGGAACCUGAUUGAAUGGAUGGAAGCGCCAACAGAGAGAGGAAGUAGGGUGGUGUUUCCUUGCCUUGAGGAGCUGACCUUGAUUCACUGUGAACAACUGAUAAGUGCUCCCAGUCAUUUUCCAUCUCUCAAGAAGGUGGUGAUAGAAUUCAUGAAUAGCGGAGGCAUGCCAAUAGCAAGUAUUCUAAGCAAUCAACUCACCACUCUCACUUAUCUCAGCUUACAGGAUGUGGGGGGACUUACUUGUCUGCCGGAAGGGAUGUUAGAAAACAACAAGAAUCUUGCAGUUUUGAAUAUGCAGCAGUGUUCGGAGUUAAUUUGUAUUUCUCCCCAAUCACAAGGAUCUGAGUACUGCUGCGCAUCUCUUUCAUAUAUGCUAAUACGUUCUUGUGAGAAUUUGAGAUAUUUACCUGAUGGGAUGCUCACACCUUCUCUUAAAAGGCUGAGGUUGUGGUAUUGUGACAAUUUAGAGUACAUCCCAGAUGCUACACACGGUGGUCUCACAUCCCUUGAAACAUUGAGGGUGUGCUACUGCUAUAAAAUAACUUCCAUCCCAUUUUCACAAGGCCUCCCAUCUCUUGGUGAAUUAACUAUAUACGAGUGUCCCGAAUUAUCAAGCCUACCGGGUGGGCUGGAAUUCUGUACCUCUAUUCGGAGUUUGACAAUAUCAAAGUGCCCUAAGGUACCGUCCAUUUCAAUCGGAAGUCUGAGUACAUCCCUCCAAGAGUUGUGUGUGAGUAAUCUAGACUCUCUUCCAAUUUCACGAGGAGGCUUCACGUCACUCCGUCAAUUGAGAAUCCAGCGCUACGAAAGUGCAGAAUUUGGGCCAGAAUUUAGUGCCUUUCUUAAAACCCUUGUCUCUCUUCAAACAUUGACGAUAUGGGCUUGCAAUAAUCUAGAGACUAUUCCGAGUUCAGACAAGCUCACAUCCCUCCGCAGCUUGGAGAUUUUUUCCUGUCGUAAAUUAACAUGUCUACCGGAUGGGAUAGCAGCAUCGUCACAGUCCUCCUGCAGCCUCACCCGUUUGAAGGAAUUGACAAUUGGUCGUUUCUGCGAGGAGCUCGAUGCAUUCCCAGCUUUUCAGGCCAUACCACAGCUUGAAUCAUUAACCAUCCGUGGGUGGCCUAAGCUCAAGUCUCUCCCUGAACAAAUUCAACACUUGCCUUCUUUUAAGACAUCUGAAAAUAGAGGCCUUCAGGGGAGUGGAGGCUAUUCCAGAAUGGUUGGGAAACCUUGCAUCUCUUGAGGACCUGACUGUUGUGCUUUGCCACCGUCUAAUGUAUCUACCUUCUGUGCAAGCUAUGCAACGCCUCACCAAAUUGAACGAGAUAUACAUCCGCUGCUGUCGCCUUCUAGAAGAAAGAUGCAGGGAGGAGAGCGGCCCAGAGUGGCCUAAGAUUCGUCAUGUUCCAUUCAUCAGGAUUGGAGAUAUAAUAAUCGAGAAUUGACCAACGCAGAGUACAAUAAACUCCUUACAGUGCUGGCAUCAAGGCAAAUAAGUUGCAGAGAAAUACAAGUGCCUCUCUGAUACUCUACCUGACUGUUCCGUAUGUUGAUAGGUUCCUAUCUUUGAAUGCUCUCAAUCCGAAAAUGCUUCAGUUACUUGGUGUUUCUUCAAUGCUGCUGGUUGCCUCGAAGUAUGAGGAGAUCACACCUCCACAUGUUGAAGAGUUUUGUUAAAUAACAGAUAAACGUGCUCCAAGGAAGAGGGUGUGUAAAUGGAGGCUGAUAUACUUAAGGCCUUGUAGUUUGAUUUGCACAAUCCUACAAUAAAGACAAAUUUAAGGUUUGCAGGAGAUCCAAUAGAGUUGCUGAAGUGCGCGAAAAAGGGAAUCUAGUUUGUUUUUGUCAAACAAUUUCUAGAGGUUUUUGCUAAAUUAGAGGAAUAGCUGUUGUGCAAACUGAGUCCUGGCUUUCUGAAACACCAGAUGAGUAGUAGUUGAGUCAGCUAAACUAGUAGGCCUCUCGUGCCAUAUCCCAAGAGAAAUCAUUGUUACCAUGGAAGCUGUUGCAUGGAAAAUCUCUCAACAUAUUGCAGCGUACAGAUGCUCUGUUGUAUUUGAGAUUAUGGAUGUCAUGUACCCAUAAGCAGUCAAUUGGUGAAGGCCAAAGCAUUCUCAGAGCCAAAAAAAAAAAAAUUCAGAGGUGAAUUUCGAAAGAGCUUUUACAGCUGUCUGUAAGUUAUAAGUUACUUCUCAUUCUUAAGACAUCUAAGUCGUGAAGAUGCCUUGUUCAGUUUCAGAAGUUUAUGCAGAUCCCUGUCGCUUGUCAUAUGAGGCAUCAAUUAGAUAAAAUUUGUUUUUCUUUUUCUUCUUCUUUCUCUUGCAUUGAUUAGUUCACUGAAACAAAGGUCUGUUCCUGAGGAGGGUUACUUGCAUCCAUUUAUGUUAUAAGCACCAAGCAAUCCUUAACUUCAUGAAGUUCUGCACCAAGGCAUGGCUACUAGCUUGGAAGGAGCUGAAUUGAGAACUGCUAAUGGCUUUCAUAAUACGGCAAGCCAAGAUUUGCUCCCUUUAUUUGCAAUAUUGGGGAUUUGGUUUGUACAAAGCAACUAUUAGCCAUCUAAUCUGAGACCUUUGGAUGAUCAUAAUAUGGGAUGGAAAGAAACAAUAAGAAGUGUUGAAUUGAACUUUUAUGUCUCAGAUGGUGUUGGUCUCUUCAGUGCCAGCCAAGCUGAGAACCACUAGAGUUGGGAGUACGUAAGGAUGCCAUUGUUCUUUGAGUUACUUGGCUAAAGUUUGGAAACAGGCUCAUCUGUGCUCGUGGAUACUCCUGCCCAAGCUGAACAACCGAUCAGGAGCGAACACAUGGGAACAUGCUCCACAUCAGCUCGGAGAACUUAUCAAGGAACCUCACAUUCACACAUGAUGAGACGUCUACUCAUGCCUUAGAGCUACUCACUCAUUAAGGAUCUUCAUUUCCAUGCCUUACGGACCAAUGUUUCAUCACGCUCCAUUCAGUUGCAUUCUUUAUAUAGCUAAACCAUCAUAUAGUGUAAUUAACCAUAUUUAUUCAAUUAUAGUGAAACCACUAGCAAACAACAGUGACGUAGCCCUGAACUCUAGCCGAGUUUUGGGUGAACACGUAAAUCUCCUAAUACAUGUAUGAUUGUCUUUUACGUAUAGUUUAUAUUUUGGUGAACUUUUUCUUUAUCA